CUUGGCGGUUGGGGGGAGAGAAGGGGGCGCACCCCCCCAAUUCCCGGAGGAGGAGUCUGCAGCGGGAUCGGGGCCCGGCUCCACGGAUGGCCGCCGUCGGCGCCCACUCCCCCCAGGUGCUGGUGCGGUGCGAAGACACGGCUCUCUACCCGGCCCCCGAACGGUGGAGAGGCUGGGCGGCGCAUGCGGACGCCAUGCGGGAGAACUUCGGCUCCACCAUCGCUCUGGGAUCUCCGGUGGCCAAACCUGAAAUGGUGGCCCAGAUUGAGGACGGGCGCCUCCUUCCAGCCAAGGGCCAAGGGGAUGCCGGCCCAAGGGGGCCUCCAGGGAUUGCCAAUGCAGGAUCGGUGGCCCCAGAGACGGGAAACGAUGCUAAGAAGGGCCACCCGCCCCCACUGUCACUCCCGCCCCCACAAGUGGGACUGGACCAACGAGGAGUGGGAGAAUCAAAGCAUCCUGAGAGGAGUGGCCCAGGCGAGUGGCUGAUCCGGACAGUGAAGGUGGAGGCUGAGGACUACUCAGAGUGGCCGGCCGGCCUGAGCGCGGAGGUGCUCUUCUCGGGCCUCCCUCCAGGAAACGUCUGCAAGGCGGAGGGCCAGGGCCCCCGGGUAGAAUACCGAGGCAACGGGGGCCUGGGUGAGCUCUCAGGCUUGGCGCUCCAGCAGUGGCAGAUGUUGAGCGAGGAAAAGCCCCUGGCCUGCCCCAAGUGCGAGCAUCCUGGGGGGCCGCUGGGCGGAGGCGGGGUUGACAACGGAGACCCCCGCCCUCGCCCUUUCCCCUGCCCCCAGUGUGGCAAGGCCUUUGGCAAGAAGGCCCACCUGACCCGCCACGCCCGCAUCCACACCGGCGAACGCCCCUUCGCCUGCUCGCACUGCGGCCGCCGCUUCUCGCAGAAGAUCCACCUUGGCUCCCACGAGCGGGUGCACACGGGCGAGCGGCCCUUCCCCUGCGACCGCUGCACCAAGAGCUUCCGCAAGAAGACUCACCUGGUGCGCCACCAGCUCACCCACACCGGAGAGCGGCCCCACCCCUGCGCCCUCUGCGCCCGCAGCUUUGUGCACCGGAGGCACCUGCUGCGCCACCAGCGCCAACACGAGGAGGGGGCCACGCCGGAGGGGGGCCGCUUGGAACCAGGGCAAGCCCCAGCGAACAUCAGUGCUGAUCCCCAGCCCCGGACAGAUGUGGGUCUCUGUGGGCACCCCGGUGAACAGGGACAGGCCGUGGCUUCCUCCGCUGAACUGGGACCAGCAGUACCCCCAUCCGUGGAAGCCAGCGAGCUGGGGCCCCCGACAGCCAUGUUGUACCGAGAUCCAAGCGAACUGGUACCGUUCCCGCCCUCCUGCAUGGGGCACCCCGAAAUGUACCAGGGCUCCAUCCUGUUCAAGGCCCCCGUUGAGCAGGAGAUGGCCAGGCUCCCAUGCAUUGAACAUAACAUCCAGAGAGAGGUCAUGGCAAUGGGUUUCCCUUAUCCGGAGCAAGGGCACUGUGGGCCUGUCUGUGGGGCACAGGAGCAGGCAGAGGGGGGCAACCCAUGCGUGGAACCCGUGAGCAAGACCGAGCCGGAGGGGGACCCCGACACCGCUUGCCAGCAGCCAGAAGAGAAGCCGUUUCUCUGCUCCGACUGUGGGAAGGCCUUCGCCUGGAGGAAGAACCUGGCCUCCCACCAGCGGCUGCACACUGAGGGGGGGAGGCCCUUUUCCUGUGCCGAGUGCGGCCGCGGCUUCAGCGACAAGCGUCACCUUACAGCGCACUUGCGCGGACACAUGGGACUGCUGCCAUAUGCUUGUCCACACUGUGAGAGGAGCUUCGCCCACCGGGCCGGCCUGGCCUCUCACCAGUGUGGGGGUCAUGCCGGGCAGCGGCCCUUUGCCUGCGCCGAAUGCGGCCGUUGCUUUGCGCACAAGCGGCACCUGCAACGGCACCGACGCAACCAACACUCAGCUGAGCGGCCUUUCUCUUGCGCACAGUGCGGCCGCACCUUUGGAACCCGGGCCAGUUUGGUAGCACACGUCAAAUCCCACGCCGGCCAGCGCCCCUUCGCCUGUCCACUCUGUGGCCGUGCAUUUAGCCGAAAGUCCCACCUGGCCCGCCACGAAGCCGUCCACACCGGUCUGCGGCCACACGCCUGCACCCAGUGCCCCCGGCGCUUCAGCUCCAAGACCAAUUUGGUGCGACACCAGGCCGUCCACACCGGCCUGCGCCCGUACAUCUGUACCCACUGUGCCCGGAGCUUCAGCCGCAAGACUCACCUCUUGCGCCACGAACGGUCGAGUUUGCUCGAUCUUUGCCUCAUCGGUGUCCUACCUACGCUUACGUCGUUACAUUCUCAUCUCGUAGCUUUUACAUAA